AUGAAUUCCAGCAACUCUCAAAACAACAGAGGCAAAGGCAAAGCCACUGGACACAGGGACACACUGGAAAGUUUUGUUGAUAAGUACGGGAGUGAUAGGUCUAGCGGCGAAAGAAGUGGAAAGUCUAAGGAGCAAGCAGCCCCGAGCAAAGCCUCCUCUGGAGAGAGGUAUUUCCGGCCUAGCAGCUCUUUACUUGAGAGUCCUCCAAGAAGUGGUGGUAGAGACAGCUCCGAUUCUGAUAACACCAAGACAAAGAAGAGAGAUGCCACUCUCCGAAAGCUCGAAGGGAAAUCUUCAAACAGUGGUAGAGACAGCUCCGAUUCUGAUAACACCAAGACAAAGAAGAGAGAUGCCACUCUCCGAAAGCUCGAAGGGAAUUAA